GCGCUGCUUCCGUCAUCCCUGCUCAGGAAUAUGGCUGCGCGGUCGCUGUGGGCGGUCCCGCGGCGGUUGCAGCGCCUCCUAACCUCGAGUGCCGCGUCGGAUAGCUGGGGAUGGCUGCAUCCAUUUAGCACUGCCACCCAGAGAACUGCCGGUGAGGACUGCAGUUCUGAGGACCCUCCUGAUGAGCUUGGACCCUCUCUUGCCGAACGAGCCUUAAAGCUAAAAGCUGUUAAGCUGGAGAAGGAAGUCCAGGAUUUAACAGUGAGAUACCAGAGAGCUGUAGCUGAUUGUGAAAACAUAAGGAGGCGAACCCAGAGAUGUGUGGAAGACGCCAAGAUAUUUGGUAUCCAGAGUUUCUGUAAGGACUUGGUGGAGGUGGCAGACAUUUUGGAGAAGACUACAGAGUACAUUUCUGAAGAAACAGAGCCUGGGGACAAGAAGCUUACUCUGGAGAAGGUCUUCCGAGGGCUAUCACUUUUAGAAGCAAAGCUGAAAAGUGUGUUUGCCAAGCAUGGCCUUGAGAAGAUAAAACCAAUCGGUGACAAAUAUGACCCUCAUGAGCAUGAACUCAUGUGUCAUGUGCCAGCUGGUGUUGAGGUGCAGCCUGGUACCGUGGCAUUAGUAAGGCAAGAUGGCUACAAACUUCAUGGCCGUACCAUUAGACUUGCCCAGGUGGAAGUGGCAGUGGAGUCUCAGAAAAGACUAUGAACAGGCCAUCAGGAACUGGAUGUUCUCUCAGAGUGCAGUCACCGUGUUUCCUUUAUUUAUUAAACUAGGUUUGUAUUGUACAUGAGGUACUUCAUGUGAUCUCUUUUGGAUUUAGUCAUAUUGGCUUUAUUUCUAAGGUAUUUUAUUGAUUUAAUGUGACCUGUUUGGUCUUAUCAGAAGUCUUGCCAUUAGACAUUUGAACAAUGUGACAAGUGUUCCUAUGGCCUUUAUCAGAAUAUGUUUACAACAAUUAUUUUUAAAUUGGUAGUCUGAUGACUUGGAAUCCAAAAUUCCUUUAACUGUGUAUUUCCAACUAAAUGUUCUUUUCUCAUGGUCCCUAUAAUAGGAAUAACCUUCACAGAAUUGUAUAUUGUAUUUUGUGGAAAAAAGGAAGCAGUAGGAAUUGGUUCAGCGUUUGGGUACUUAGAUGAUAAAGCUUUAUAGUUGUAUAAAUUUAGAUCAUUUGGAUUGAUUUUGAUAGACAUGGAUGCUUAGGACUUCCCCUUUUUGUUUUAUUUUCUGUUUUAGCCAUCUUUUGUCCUUGCAGUCCCUGCUUGGUAGGCCUUAUGCUCACAUCAUUCUACCUAACCCACCCCUUUCUGAUUCCCAUUUGCAAGGGCUAAAAGGCCCAGGCAGGACUUGGAAGGCAAGAGCAUCAAGAUACCCAGGUCCUUUUAAAGUAAGGAUGGCCAAGAUACCUUGCACUUUCUUUGCUCUGAGCUAUCUUCAAAUUAUUUUCAGCCUCCUUAGGUAUAUAAUCAUUUCACACAAAUUGAGGCAGCAGCUAAAUGACCCAAACAGGUCUCUGUAGGUAAUUUACUUACAACUUCUCAUUCUACCAGCACUGACUUCUCUGCCCCUUUGUCAAAUUUGCCCUGCGACACUUUAUUAGGUUUUGGGGGGAGGUGAUGAGGACAAAACUUUUACAAUUUCUCAUUUCAUUUAGUUAUUCUGAAUUUUUUUUUUUUCUUUUAUCGGUACUCACAAAUCACUACCUCUUCAUUGACAAGCUUUAUUUUCUAGUUUUUGUGUCUGUCUUAGGUCACUUUUGUAUAAACAUCUAGCUCUUCUUUUAUGUAUUAACCUCCUAGAGUUAUUGGACCUAUGUGUUUUGUUUUGUUUUUUUCCCGUCUUGCUUAUAGCUGGUGUUCCGUAAAAGAUUUGUCCAGUAAAUGACUUAAUAAAUGAAUGACACAGCAGUCAGACUUUAGAAAGGAGGUGAAUUCUGGAUAUUUUAGUGUUAGAAGAAGCCUUAAUGAUCUAGUCUUACCCUUUCUGCUUCUCCUAAAGUGUGAAAAUCUAGUCUUUUUAGAACUGGACCCGAAAGAAAAAAAUUUCUACAAAGUAGUGAUUAAAUUUCAGUGAGAACUUGAAUAAGGAAUACUACAUAUUAACUUCAGUCAUUUAAGAUUAAUGAAUAUGCAGAUAUAUCCCUAGCUGGCAGUUAGGUGUUGGAUGUACAGAUUACAUAGGUUUAGGUUUAAGUUAUUUACCCAUAAGAUAAAUUCACUUCCACUGGCACUCUAUGACCCUAUUCAGUGGGGUAGUGAAAGUUAGACUUAGACAUUAUAGAUUAUUUAGGAUGCUACACAGAGAUGUAUCAAUAAAGCCAACCCCUGUGGGCCCUACCAUCUCCAUCAGGUUUAGAAACUUAAAAAAGCAAAUAACCAUACAUUUUUAAAAUGCAAUCAAGAGACUGGUGGUAAGACUGCAACCAGACCUCUUUUGGCAUUCCACUAAGUACACACUGAAAAUUUAAUAAGCACUCAAAUUUCACAAUAGGAAUUUGUCCUUUCUUGCCUUCAUUACUAUGAGAUUGGCAGAUGGUGAAAAUAAGAAAAUGAGCAAAUUAGAAUUACCCAUGUAUUUUUGGAUUACUAGAUAUCAUUACCAGUGAAUUAGAAUUAACCAUGAUUGUAAGUAUGGAAUGUUCUGAUUAUCUGAAGAGUUUUCUAAUACUUCAUUCCACCUCCUGUUUUUGCAAGUAGAUUGAGAAUAAUUUUAGAUUCUCUUACUAUUGAGUAGUUUUGCAAACUUUAAAAGUGAGUUUAGAAUUAGAAGAUGAAGCUAUAAUAGUAAAAAUCUCAAGUUGAAGGGCUUUAGGGAGCCAGAUCAGCAUAAUGGAGCAUAGGCUUGGUAGGCAUAGACUAGAGCAUAAAUCCCAGGUCGGUCACCUAUAUGACUUUGGGCAUCAGUCAUUUCACCCUUCUGAGCCUGUUUUCUUAGUUGUAAAAUGGUUAUAAUAAUUAUCUCACAAUAUAGUGAGUAUGAAAUGAAAUGUGUAAAUUGCCUGCUACAGUAGGCCCUCAGAUAUUUUUUAUCUUUUUUUUUUAUUAUGCACAUUGUUUUUCCUAUGUUUUUAUAGCUGCCUAUAAGGGGGAAGUCUGGUUAAGUAAUGAUUAUAAAAAGUUUGUAAACUAAUCAUUCAUGGUGACUUAUUUUCCAUCCAGUUGCUCGUAUUUUAUUAACCAUACCACAAGAAACCCACAUUUUUAAACUGAAAUAACAAGAAAAUUGUGCCAGUGCUCUUACUUCCCAUCUUGAUGGUAAAGUGAAAAGACAUUGGCUUGCAGAUGAUAGAUGUAAGGAAGCUUUGGUUCACUUGAAGGGUGAUCUUGGUGUUGUAGUACUUGUAUCAUAUAAAUCUUUUACUGAUUUUUCUUACUGCCAUAAAGGGAUUAGUGAGUUUGAUAUUGAUAAAAGUUAUUUGGUGCUUACCUUCAAGGCAAAGGAUUUGAUAACUGAAGAAAGGCUCUUAAAAUGCUAAAGCAAAAUCAAAUAAGGAAAACUUAAGGAUGAAAUGUAAUAUUCAGAAACAAUUUUAAUAAAGCCUGAAUCAAAAUAACUGCA